UCUGGUGUGACUACGGCAGACUAGGCUGCCUUCUCCUCUCACAUUAACUACAUGCUAUCUCUGUUGCAAAUAGAGAAGUGCUCUGAGCUGCAGCGACAGAGGUGUCGCCGCUCCUGAACCAAGGCUUUGGCCAGCGCAUGACCUCCCGGAUGAGGGCCUCUGUGUCCUGACAUGCCUCUGGAAGGUGGCCAAUCCUGGGGAGAGUACAGCCAGCCAUGGAGCAUCAAGCUGGGAUACUGAGGAGCUUCCUGGCCCAGCUGGAGAGACAGGAGGCGGGGGACAAGGAGGCACCGAAUGGCAUUGCUGGGGAGUUCGCAAGGCUGAAAAGUCAGUCAACAAGGUACCGCACUGACAAGACCUACCCCACCAAGACAGCAGAGAAACAAGAAAACAUCAAGAAGAACCGCUACAAGGACAUCGUUCCCUUUGACCACAGCAGGGUGAAGCUCACUGUCACCACAUCUAAAAAUGACACUGACUACAUCAACGCCAGUUUCAUCAAGGGAGUGUCAGGAUCCAGGGCCUACAUCGCCACUCAGGGUCCUCUGCCUCACACGGUGCGGGACUUCUUGAGGAUGCUUUGGGAGUACGACAUAAAGAUUGUAGUGAUGGCCUGUCGAGAAUUUGAGAUGGGCAAGAAAAAGUGUGAGCGUUACUGGCCGGAGCACCAGGAGCAGCCAUUUGUUUGUGAACCCUUUACAGUGUACUGUGAUUCAGAGGAACCGAAAGGCGAUUAUCUGACAAGGACGUUGAGGAUGAAUUAUCACAAUUCUAGCCGAACUAUGACACAGCUGCACUAUGUCAACUGGCCGGAUCACGGUGUGCCAGACUCCAUCCCUCCCAUCCUGGACUUGCUGCAUGAGAUGCGUUCAGAGCAAGAACAUGAUGAUGUUCCUGUCUGCAUCCACUGCAGUGCAGGCUGCGGCAGAACGGGAGCCCUGUGUGUCAUUGAUUACACCUGGAACCUCCUGAAGAAACAGGUGAUCCCUCCAGACUUCAAUAUCUUUGACUUGGUCCAAAACAUGAGGACCCAGAGGCCCUCGCUGGUUCAAACCAAGGAACAAUAUGAGCUGGUUUACAGAACCAUCAAGUUACUGUUCAAGACAUAUCUACAGUCCAUGGAGGCACACACCCACAGAGAUAUGCUGACAAUGGCCCCGCCCACAAUCACACCUGAAAAUGAAAGUGAGCUCUCUGACCUGAGUGAGGAGCUGGAUUUACAGCACAUUCUCGAAGAAGAAAUGGAUGCGCUACGACAGCUCCACACUCCCCUGUCCUCUGAUUCAGGAAAUCUAAUCUCAGCAAAGACUCAGGACAUACAGAGAGACCAGCAGAAACUGUAUCGACUGCAAACCUUUCCUGAUAUAGUGGCUACCACGGAGGAACCCAGAACCUCACCUACAGUCAUUCACACUGGCCAGAGAGCCACAGCAGCAGGGGAGAGUGACAUCAUACCAUCACCAAACCCUUCACCAUCACCUGCUGUGGCAGCAGCCAUUUGUCUGAUGGUGGAAGACCCCUACUUUGAUACUCUUCCUUCAUCUAGGGACGCACCAAAGGGCCCCAAAAAAGAAACCAAAGGAUGGACAGAAAGCUCUGUUUUUAAAGCGCCCACAUUGUGUCUGAAUGACCAGACCAUGGAGCUCAGCUCUCCUGCUUCAGGUGUUGUUAAAGUUCACACUUACGAAGAGGAACCGCCUCCCCUUCCUCAACGAACCCCUGAAUCCUACGUGAUGGAUGUUGAAGCAGAGCAUGCAGAUCCCGGUGAGAGAUUAACAGUGAUCAUUCCUCCUAAUGCUGCUGCUGAGGCUGUCAAGGAGCUGGGAGGUAGCCCCCCCUCACCUGUGCCCCCACUCCCAGAGAGAACCCCAGAGUCAUUUGAGCUGGCUAUCGAUCAAGCUCCUGUGGAGCAGAAGUUAGAGGUCAAGCCAGUGAAGCCGAACCGGAUAGGAGUGUCUUCAGAGUGGUCUGGAGACUCAAAGCAAGCCACUGCUGCAUCUCAGAAUGAAACUAAACCUUGGGCGAGGAGCAAGAGUAUGAAAGCAAAAAUGAGCUUCUCAGUUCCAGUUACACAAGUCCAGCCUGCAUCAAAUCCAACCAACCAUCACCCACACUGUGCUCCUCUGGACAUACCUCCCUUGCUGCUUCAUCAAACCGAGGAAAGCCUGACUCCUCCUCUUCCUGACAGAACCCCAGACUCCUUCGUCCUCAACACGGGAGACACAGCUCAUGGGAAAACGCCUCUCAACCACCAGCAUGUGGAAACGACACAUCCCUCAUUACGGCUCAGUGUGUCGUCAGGUCAGGGCAGCACCUCUCAGCCAAAGACGUUCACUGAUGCUGUUAAGAGCCGGAGCAAGAGUGUUCGAGUUAAAAGUUCAAAACAAGAGCCCCUCACUGCAGCUCCGCAGCUCACUCCACCUGCUGUGGUCAGAGCAGAAGCAGGAAGUGCACAAGUCGCAACAGAUGACAGACAACAGCAAGAUACGAACCGCAGGGGCUCGCUGAACGCAGAGACACCAGGAAACAGACCAGAGAAAAGCACAGAGAAGGGCAUGUUGCGAUCAAAGAGUUUGAAGUUCUUCAGACACAAACUAAAACCUAAAACUGCCCCUCCACCACCUCCCACUCAACCUGAAACACCAGCUCCAUCAUACAGCGUCUCAACUUCACUCUUCAAAUUAGGGUUUGGGAUCCGUUUUGGAAAACCUAAAGGCCCCAGGACUCAUCCAGACGGCUGGAUGUGAGGCAGGCAGCCAUCGCUGAACAUGGAAGAUGUGUGUAAUGAUAUUUGUUGUACAUUGAGCCCUUAAAGGACUUGGUACUAUGGAAAGAUUUUUGAGUAUCUCUUGGAAUUACUGUGUAAGACCACAUAAGGCCUCUUCUUUUUGCAUUGCAUGUCACAGUAGCUCCCUUAAAGAGAGAACAGAAAGUGCCUUGAUACCUGCUCUAAUGUUUGUUUGUACAGAAGAUCAGAUUAGCUUGAUUCUUAUUAUCAAUACGAGUCUAAUCGAACAACUUUGAUAGCCACUUGGACCAAAGACUUGAAUGUUUGAUCAAAAAAACUCUGGAAGUCUGAGCUUUAAUGUUCACGCCAAAUACCGAUGAACAGGACAGUGAGGUAUUUUUGUGUGUAUGUCUCUUUGUGCUUAAAAAAAAAACCGGGUACUUCAUUGCAUCUAGUUCAGAUCGGCACAUCUCUUUUGCAUAAGAGACAAAAACUUCCCAUAUACUGCGUAAUUGGUUUUACAUAUUUAAUGUAUCUCACAUCCAUCUGUAGCUUAUAGAGCAUCAUAUUUUAAAAGGAUCAUCAACAUGUUGAAAAGAUGUGUUCAGGUACCAAGAAUGUGACGUAUGAUGCAACUGUUAAGUUAAACUACUGUAUGUUUGAUACUCUUGUUACAGACGAAAUUAUUUAUUAAAAAUAUGUACAAUUCUGUGAAUUCAA